GCCGGCGGAGGCGGAACCGACCUCGGGACUCUUGUUCUGUUCUCAGCAGCUGGUCGCUCAGUAGCGCUGUUAGCUCUGUUAGCUCCGUUAGCUCCGUUAGCUUCCUGUUUUUAGCCUGUUUGUUAGUGUAUACGAUGGGAGAAGCCGACGUGACGCUGAACCAGACCGAUGAGAAGCCUCCGGACUCCGGGCUGGUUCCCGGAGAGGACUCGGUGGUCUGGAGCCACGAGGUGGAGGUCUGCCUGUUUCACGCGAUGAUCGGACACAAACCCGUCGGGGUGAACCGUCACUUCCACAUGAUCUGUAUCAGAGAUAAGUUCAGCCAGAACAUCGGACGGCAGGUUUCCUCCUCCGUCAUCUGGGAUCAUCUGGGAACGAUGUACGACAUGCAGGCUCUGCACGAGUCGGAGAUCUUGCCGUUUCCAAACACAGAGAAGAGCUUCUCUCUACCUGAUGACAUCAUCCAGGAGGUGAAAGAAGGUCAGAACAUGAUUUCUGCUGGGAAGCUGGGCUCAGAGGAGGAGACCAAAGAGGAGUUCAGGAUGGAGAGAGAACCUCCAGCUACACAUGAAGAAGGCAGUAACUCAUCGUCGAAGAUGUCGGAGCGAACGAGCAGCAGUCGGGACAAGGAGAGAGAGCGAGACAAGGAGAAGGGAGGGAGUGAAGGAGGAGCGGCAGGAGGAGGAGGUGGAGGGAAGGAGGCGGAGAAGAGGAAGAGGAGUCGAGCGGCUGAGAAACUGCUGUCGUCUUCCAACCCGGCGAGUCCGGGAGGAGCCAAGAGGAGACGCACCUGAGAGGUGGACAGAGAGAGAGAGACAUAGUAUGUGUGUGGAGGAGAGAGAGAGAGAGAGACGGCUACAGUAACAAUGACAGAAAACGAAGAAGAAUAGCCGUCACAGCUGUGUCACAUGACCGUCCGCUGUCUGAUCGCUGCGCUGCAAACAGGAAACCGCUGGAUAAAGUGGAGGCGGAGCUUCAUGUUGACUUGUUCUGUUCCUUCACUGAAGCCACAUGAUGCUGAGUGACGUCUGACCACAGCGGCAAGUUUUUAUUUGUCUUUUUUUUUUAUUUUGUUAUAUUAGAAGAGGGUGUUUGAUUUAGUCAAUCUUUCAUCAGUUUUUUACAGCAACGAGCUUUAAAAGAGUUUCAUCAUCUCGCUCCUGUAACACAGUCGGCUCAUGGUGGACACUUUAAUCAAAACAGAUGCAGCAGAACCAGAGACAUCCCCUUUUUCAUCCAUGCAUUAAUAUUUUUUUUCUGUCAAAACCUGGCGCCUGCAUUACCUACAAUGCAACUUGAUCGCCAACCAUUCGUGACUUGGAGUGUGUUCUGCUAGUAGCAGCAGAGAUGAGGGGCUACAGAGGUCUGGUAAGGUCUCUUCUUUCUAACUCCACACCUCUAGAUUUUUCAGACUUGUUUUCUUCAACCGUCGCUGACUGAGCAGCCGUUUUGAAAGUUAUCUGAUUGAAUGGACGUUGUCAGCUGUUAUCACGACCAUUCUAAUGCUUCAGACGGGCCAUGCUGCACCUACAACGUUGUGAAAGUGAAACAAAACAACUUUAGGUUUAGGCAACAAAACUACUUGUUAAGGUUUAAAAUGAUUCAACCCAAAAACCCAGCCCAGUGUUGCCAACUCUUUUCCAAUGAAAGUAGCUAGCAGCACUAGCUCCAAAAGUCCUUAAAUCUAGAAAGUCACCAAGUCAUCAACACUAACAGUCCGUCCCUUCAGGCCUCCCUCCAAAGCCACAUCCCUAAAUUAUCGUUAUGAACGUAAACAACCAACAUGGCCAUUGUUAGUGCUCACAGCUGUCAAGCUAGCAGCUGGUGGGAGACUCCGGUAAACGGGCAGAGUGCACGCAGGCAGGAAGUUGGCUUUCUAAUCAUCACAUUCAGCCUGAAUGAAAUGAUAUGACGGGUUUAUUACAGUCCUGCAACAGCCAUAGACGCUGGAUUUUGUUCUUUUUUCGUCACAGCAUUUGAGUUAUUGAUUGCUGUCGGCUGUAAAGAGAACUUCGACAAAUAUAACGAAAAUGAUUUUGAAGAACAUUGCCAACCCUAGCUUUAAGUACGCAAGUUACGUAACAAAAUAUGGUAAAAUAAGUCAACAUUGACUUCUGGUUUCGCACAGGACAUGAACAGCAGACUCCUGGGUGAAAGUCCUGUGUUUG